AUGUCUAUCAAACACUUGCUAGUGUUCUUCUUAGUUGUGGCACUCAUCACCAAUUCAAAAGCUCGACCUGAGCCAAAUACUGAUUCCGACAAUUCACAUGAAUUUUCAGAAUCUGAUGAUGAACUGUGGCUAGAUCCUUCAGAAGAAGGGUCUAAUGACGGGCAGUUUAAUCUUGAUUCAUUAGAGCCACCAGCCGCAGAUGCACCAAGACCACAUGACCACCACCACCAUGGCCGCCGCCACCACCACCACGGCCACCGCCAUCAUGGUCACAAACACCACGGCCACAAAGGCCACCCUCCAAAACCUUCACCAUCACCCGUAACAACACCAGUGCCUCCAUCAGUACAAGGACCAUCAGGUCCAUCACCCUGGGGGGUCCAGCCACCGACUCCGGUGGGAGGAUCAGAUGCAGCACCAUCUCCUUAUGCAGGAAUAGCAAAUCCGCCGGCGGGAGCACCGUCAUCACAAGGACCAGCAGAAUCAUUCAUUUUCGGAUGA